AUGUUCUUCAGUCGCAUUGCUGCCCUCGCGCUUAGCGCUUUCGCAAUUAGCAGCGUGAGUGCCGCUGCUAUUGAGCGUCGUGCUCAGACGUCGACCACUCAGCCUGUUGAUGUGCCCUACAACGUGGAUAUGAUCUCUCAGGCAGCUGGUCUUGUUCAGCAGUCGUACUGCAAGCCUGGUAGCUACGAGGCUGGCCUGGAGGUUGGUGACUCGAAGCUGCUCUGGUCGACUGGUGAUGGUAACUUCCGUCAGCGUGUCUUGAUCUACCACUCUAAGAGCCUUGGUAUUGCUGUUGCUUUCGAGGGUACCAACACAUCGUCUCUGCUGUCGGAUGCCAACGAUGUUCUGUUCUGGCAUGACCUCCCGAACUCGCGCUACAGCGAGUACAUGCCUAACGGUAUUAGGCUCAUGCACGGCUUCCAGGAAGCUUACAUUAAGCUUGUGGACGAUGUCAUGCCCGCCAUCAAGAAGUACAAGAGUCAAUACAAUGAAUCGCGUGUUACUGUGAUUGGUCACUCUCUGGGUGCCGCUAUUGGUCUUAUUGCUUCCAUGGAUGUUCACUACCGUAUUGAUUCGGGUCUGUACAAGUCUUACCUGUUUGGUCUCCCUCGUGUUGGCAACCACGUAUUCGCUGAUCUGGUUGACAAGACCAUUGGUCACAAGCUGCACUGGUUUGUGAGUGGUCGCGACUGGGUUCCGUCGGUGCCUCCUCGUGAGUUUGACUACCAGCACCCCUCGAACUAUGUCUGGAUCUACCCUGCCAACAGCACUAACUGGAAACUCUACCCUGGUCAGGAGAACGUGCAUGGCUUCCCUACUGUCAGCCAAGAGUGGGGUGUGUUUGACGAUCACCAGGGUGUUUACUUCCACACUCAGAUUGGUGCUUCCUUGGGUCGCUGCCCGGCUACUGUCGGUCAGGACUAA